GCCGAACCCCCGCCAGACGUUGACCCAGCUUGACAGGCCCUUCAUCUGUUAUUCAUUUUUAUUUGCCCAGUAGUGUGUACCAGUGUACAAGCCUGUCCCGGAAGACCAUACGUGCGCCUCCAGUAACCCCUAUGUACAUUCACUAUCAUAAUGUCUUCACUGCUACCAACUGACUUGAAUGGACUGCCCGAACAUGUUGUCACAGAAUUGAGGAAUUUGGAGAAUGAGCUUGCCGAAGGAGAUAUUACACAGAAAGGGUUUGAGAAGAAGCGGCAAAAGCUUUUGGAGACUUAUAUGACAGCACCGACGGCCGUUUCACCGAGGCAAUCGGAUACGACGACACGAAUACAUAAUGUCGCCGAGGGUGAAUGGGAGGAUGAACCUGAUGCUGUAACAGAUGAUCUGGCGAGCAUGUAUAUAUCAGAGGAGCAUAGUGUCAGUCCGACUUUUGAAUCGACGUCGGAGGCAGGCUCACCGAUCGGGGAGGAAGUGGCGAACAAUAACAAGGAUGUGAUGCAGUCUGUGGGGAUGGCUGGGGAAGAUGCUAUUGCCGUUACGGGCCAGCGGAGUGCAGAAGGAAAAGCGCCAUCACCACCAUCAAUACGCAUUCCGAAUGGGCCGACCAUACCCCGAUCUUGGACCCAGGAUGCUAGUCACUCGCCAAGAAGCGCUCCUGCUUAUGACGGCAGCCAGCAUAUCAUGCUAGGGAGAAGUUCGACGCAUAUUGGAAUGCACCCUGUCAUGCAUCUACGCGGCUCCUCCCCGGUGGCUGGUCCACCUCGAGGUUUUGCGUUUCCCCCUCCACCAGCGUUCUCUCCAUCUGACUCCCAUGCGUUUGGGCAGCGACCUCAAAGCAUCUACAGAAAAUACAGUUCACCGACAGAGGCGCUAUUACCGUCGAAUGGACUACCCACAGCAGUCUAUCCUGCACGUCCCGCAUACGCCCACCAUGGACCCCCACAUCCCCAAUACCACUUACCGCCGUCAUUCUAUCAGCCCAUGCACGGGGCUCCCGCGCAAUGCCUGCCGAUACCUUCUAUCCAUCAGCGCUCUCAUAGUGCCGGAAGCUCACCAGUCCUAUCCCCCGAACACUCUGCCCCGCAUUCAAGACAUAGCUCAAUGUCGGAUAUUAGUGGAGAGCUCACCAACACAGCGCCCAACUCUGCAUUUCAUACUCCGCAAAAUUUGUCGAGAGAAGGCUCGGUUGGAGAAUAUCACUCUGAUGAGUACUAUGCAGGGGAACCUGAUUGGGCGCACCCUGAAUCCCGACUGGCUUACACGAGACAUUAUGAACAACAACUUCAUCCCCACAGCAUUCAACAGUCUCCUCCUCAAAUUUACCUGCCACCAUCACCGGUUGGCAUGUUGCCCGUCGUACCACCAUUGGUCUUCCAACCUGGUUGGCGGGGUACGCUUCGUAUUGCACAGCAAUUGCCUUCGCCAGUUCCACAUACCAAUGUAAGAACUCUCGAACGGGACUAUGAACGUGCGGCUGCGUUUUUGAGUAGACAGGCGCUACCUACCCGCUACCGAGAAAGUCAGAAUCCUGUGCUGGAUCAGGCAGGAACGUUACUAGAUACAUUCCCGACGAUUGCGGCCAUCCUCCGCUACCGCUCCCAAAAGACUCCCAAGAACGUUGCAUUCACGGUUUUGGAUCACAAGGGACGCGACUCAAUUUCGAUUACCUACGAAAAGCUAAAUGCGCGUGCUGAGAAAGUUGCGCAAGUGAUCAAGGAAAAAUCCACACUCAAACGAGGAGAUAACGUUGCGUUACUUUAUCGGCGAACCGAAGUCUUGGAGUUUCUGGUCGCAUUUUAUGGAUGCUUGUAUGCUGGCAUGGUUGCUGUGCCAAUUGUGACCAGUUCUACCCAUGUGGAUGAUGAGCUGACCGAGAUCGUAUUCAUACUCGAUAACUGCCAAAUCAACUUGGCAUUAACUACUGAUUCUCAGGUGAAAACCCUUACUCGCGAGUUUCAUGUACACCGAACCGCCAACCUUCCGCGCAUCGACUGGUGGAAAACGAAUGAAUUCGGCACAUCAAUCAAAAAGAAAGGCGCAGAUCAAGCGGUGACCGUCAACAGUGCCGAAGUGGCUUAUGUUGAGUACACUAAAAAUGCCGUAGGAGAACUCAAGGGGAUUGUAGUCGGCCAUCGAGCGAUUCUUAGCCAAUGCCAUCAAUUUACAGGAGCGAAUGGCUUUGGAGCUGGGGAUGUCUUCUUUACCUCUUUGGAGCCUAGGCAACAAGCUGGAUUGUUGGUUGCAGCGUUUUUUGGGAUUUAUUCAGGUGUACAUACAGUUUUAGUGUCGGAAGCGGGAUUAAGUGUAUCUGGAGCUUGGAUCAUGGCUGCAACCAGACAUAAAGCGACGGUUGCGCUCAUUGAUAACCCAGGCAUGGUGGACGUUCUCUCCUCCCUACCAUUCCCACCCAACAAGAAGAGUCCCCCCGAUCUAUCCCUGCUUCAUACAUUGUUCAUAAAUACCCCUGUCCCUCAUGCCUCCUUCCAAGAUGACAUUUUCCGCAUUCUCCAGCAAUACGGAUUACGACAUAGUUGUGCGAUUUCUCCCUUGUUAACUUUGGAUGAAUUUGGUGGCAUGCUGCUCGGGAUGCGUGAGCGAGGCUCUGGUGGUGGGGUGGAAGACAGAGUCGACAUAUGGAUCGACUCGGAAGCGUUCAAAGAUAAUCGGGUGGAGAUUGUUGGGUAUGUGGGAGACGGGAAAACGGAUGCCAAGGCUAAAGUUCCUGGUACUGUCAGGAUGACGGAUGUUGGAUAUAUCAUACCAGAAGCAUCUGUGGCCAUUGUUGAUCCGGAAACCAAAUCCCUGCAGCCUCCCAAUGUACUUGGUGAAGUGUGGGUCAGCGCACCUGAAUCCCUCCCCCAAUCCUUUUGGGCGUUACCGAAAUUGAGUGACCAGAUAUUUCACGCACAUCCAACGAUUUAUGUGAAAAAUGAUCCUUUGGGUUCUCAGCCAUCCCAUCGCCGGACACCGUCAUCAGCCAGCGUCCAUAGUGAUUUAUCUGUACCUUUCUUCCGCAUAGAAACUCUUGAAAACCAAGACUUCAUCCAGACAGGGUUGCUAGGCUUCAUCAUCGACGGAAAUGCGGUUCCUGGCGUCAAAACUCCACGAUUAUUCAUUGCUGGGAUUCGACGGGAUCGACUUUUACAGAGAAAGCUGCAGGGAACAUCACCAAUGGAACGGAGACCCAGCAUUACUAGAAGCAAAGGAACUGGCGAGGAACUUGACGCCCAUUUUGCAACUGAAUUGGUGGAGACCAUUUUGGCGAAUGUCGCUGGCAUUGAUUGCUGCACUAUUUUCACAGUCUCGAUUCAUGGAGAGCACCUUCCAGUCGUCCUUCUAGAAUCAUCCCGACCUGCAUCAUCGCCUGGAGCUAUGGGACAGGAUAUUGCUCGAAUACUCAACACGCAUCAUGGGCUGCGAACAUACUGCGUUGGCACCUGUCAUGCAGGGUCAUUGCCGCGAUCAAAACCAGAUAAAAAUACAGGAACUCAGAUGCAGACAACAUUUUAUGGAUACACAUCUGGGGUGGUCACUGUCAGCCAGGCGAACGAUGAGGCGCUGAACACCCUGGCGCGAGCUUCCAAAACGCUGCCAGCGAUUGUGAUGGAUAAGCGGAAACUUGUUCCUCUCGAUGUUGACGUGUGCAAGGCGGCCUUCCUGGCUGGACACCUGAAUGUAGUGGAUAUGCACAUUAACGUCGAACCGGAGGUCAUUAGCACCAUAUCUUUUUACGAUCCUGCGAGCGAUGGUGAUUUCCGCCGAUAUCAACAUCAAAAUGUCGGCCAGGUUGUGGGUGGCAUGGCAGAUGUUCCACUACUUGACGACAAAACGUCCAAAGAUCUCACAGAAUUCCCAACGCUGAGUCAUCUGUUUGCAUGGCGAGCUGAGGCCUUCCCUAAUGAACCUGCAAUUACGCUGUUAGAUCAUCGCGGUCGCGAUAGCAAGGGACCUACGUUCCAGAAGUUUUCCAUGAAGGUUCACUCACUCGCCACUUGGCUCGUCCAAAAGAAGGGUCUACAGCCAUUGGAUCGUGUUAUCCUCAUGUACACCCAUGGUUACGAAUACAUGUACGCAUUGCACGCCUGUCUGUACGCCGGCAUCGUACCCAUUCCACUCUCGCCGUUGGACGGCGCAAGGCUCAUCGAAGAUGUUCCCAUGUUGAUCGCGUUGAUAGAUGACUUUCAGGUGAAGAAUAUUCUGGUCAAUGGAGCUGUGGAGGAAGCCUUGAAAGGAAAGCAAGUUGUCAGUAUGAUCCGAGCUGUACGACAAAGUCAGAGAGGCUUGGGCGCCGAGAAGGACAAAAAAAUUGCCUUCCCAUGCAUAGUGAAUACGAGCAAGAUCCCAAAGACUACGAAGAUGAUGAGUUUAGAUGACCCGAUCUUCUAUUAUGCACGUGCGCCUUCUGCGGAUAUUACUCCUACAUCCUCAACAAUUUCAUCUACCGAGCCGUCAAAAGAAGUGGCCCUCAUCCUGGUUCAUUACACUCCAGAUAUGCGAUCGACGUGUGUAGGUCUGAGCCAUUCCACAUUACUCCAACAAUGCCGCCUACAAGUGAUCCAUGGCCAUAUGCUUCAUUCAACGAUUCCAAACGCACACACCGGUAUAGCACAGAAGCCUCCGAGCUAUGUCCCGCUUCUUUCUUGUGUGCGCAGCUAUAACGGAUUGGGAUUCCUUUAUUCCAUGUUAUUGGGGGUUUACGUUGGGUCACCAGUUUUGAUCCUGCCACCUUUUGAAUAUUUCAUGAAUCCUCAAGUGUGGUUUGACGGACUGUACAAGUAUAGAGUCAAGGACGCAUUUGCGACGUAUCCAAUGCUGGAGCAUGCUAUGGGUAGCAUGAAAAAUGUGGAUUAUCGCUCGUUCUCUUUGCAUAACGUGCGCAAUCUGAUGAUUACGACUGAAGGACGGACAAGGCCUGAUAUUUACACAGCAAUACAUCAAAAUUUCCUUGCCAAUCGUCUGGAAGACCAAGCUAUUGCCACGGUCUAUUCUCCUGUUGUAAAUCCUAUGGUGGCAACUAGAGGCUACAUGCGGACGGAAGUCACCACUCUGUGGGUGGAUAUGAAGGACUUGGCGAAGGGGCGGGUAAAGGUUCUAAAGGAGACUCGAGGAGAGAGUGGCAAGGUGAAGGAGACUCUCAAGGAUGGGGAGGGACGUGAAAUAGACGUGCUGAUUCUGCAAGAUAGUGGCAAGAUACCCAAUAACACCCUCGUUGCCAUUGUUGACCCCGCAACUCGGAGGCUAUGCCCGCCAGAUCAGAUUGGAGAGAUUUGGGUGUGCUCACCUGGCAAUGUCCAAUGCUUUGCAGGGAGCGCUACGGCCGAUAUUUCUUCAGUCACGCCUCAGCACAAUGAAAUUCAGUUCCAAUCCCGUGUGGAAGGUCUCGACACAUCACUCCUUUUUGCCAGAACUGGCGACAAAGGAUUCCUAUGGCCUGUUCCUGUGGACACUUCGGAUCAAACGCCGUUAACGGAAAGCCUCCACCGCGAUGGAACCGACUAUGUCUCCAACGGGUGGGACAGCUUGGUUUUUGCUGGGUUGCCUUACGAAAUGGUGUUGUUUGUUGUUGGAGCCAUGCACGAGGAAAUCAUUGUAAAUGGCUACCGAUUUUAUCAACCGGAUGUUGAAGCCACGGUUGAGGGGUGUCACAAGAGUAUUCCAAAACGUGGAUGCGUCAUGUUCCAACCUGCGCCCAAUCGAGUAGUCUGUGUGACAGAGAUUAUCAGAGAGGCGGACGUGUUCAAUGUGGUGCCGAGAAUCGUCCACGCGGUUUUGGAAAGACAUGGGUUUUUGGUGGAUGCUGUAGCAUUUUUGGCCGCGGGGACGCUGGCUAAAAGUCGGUUGCAGGAGAAGCAGCGGUGGAGAGUAUCAAAGGCAUAUCGCAUGGGGAAACUACCUACUCUCAAAGUGGUCCAUAUCCGAAAUCAAUCAUGUAGCGAAACUGAGAGCAGCGGAACCGGUGACAUUGGCUCGCUUUCACGAUCUGACAUGUCUAUUAUCUCAGAUCCUGGUCAGGAAAUUAUGACUACAAAAUUGGAAUAAUUUGCCCUUUUCCAAAGAAACUAACUUGUAUGUAGUGGCUCCUUGAGUCUGAACUGUGCUCACUUUAUUUUGGGAUGAUUGUGGGUGGUAUGGGUGCACGACUUGUAAUCGAUUUGAUAAAGAUAUAUAGACUAUUUUAUUAGAUGACUGUAGUAGUUUUGUUUUGUUUUUUACAAGUCAGGAAUUUCAGCGAGAAUGAGCUGCCAAACUCUGAAAUCAUCCCAG